CAACCGUUGGCAGCCGCUUGGCGCAUGGGAAACGGCGCAAGUGCGACGCCAAGCGGACGACACCAGACAACCUCGCGACGCGCACGGUCGCGCGCGGCGCCGCAGCAGCAGCGACUAGCGGCUAGAUAGCGGCUGCCCCGGCACCCAGCACAAGGGCUGCCCCACAGACCACCGGCUGCCCCAGCACCCAUCACAGCAGCGAACAACAUGGCCGCCGAAGACGAGGGCGACGGCCCCGUCGCCGCGUUGCUACGGGACGGCCUCGACGCCGAGGCGCCGGCGGAGCCCGCCGCCGCGCUGCGCCAGAGCGUCAACACGUCCUGGGACGCCUCCGCCGAACGGGCUGCCCUCCGCGACAACCUGAACGCCUACCUCACGCGCGAGGCCGCCGCCUAUUCGGGCAAGGAGAACCAGUGGAAGAACGCCCAGGGCGAGAAGUCCGAGCUCGCGGCCACGCAAGCUAAAUUGCUCCGCGAGGCCGAGGAGUUGAGAAGAAGGGAAGAGCUCGCGCUCGUCGCGAAGCGCGAGCGCGACGCGCGGGAGCAGGAUCGCAAGCGGGCUACCGAUGAAAGGGAAGCGGCCCUCGGGGCGCUGUCGCAAACGCUCGAGUCGCACUUUACGCGACUGGGCGCCGACGAAGCGAACGCCGCGCGGCGCCAGGCAGAACUGCGAGCGAGGAGCGACGAGGCCGCCGCGCGCCUCGAGGAGGUCAAAGCCCAGGACUUGCAGCGGAGGCAGGCCGCUGCGUGGCUCCGGGAAGAAAUGGUCCGUUCCGAGCUCGAACGCGAGGAGCGCGAAGCGGCCAUCGCCGCCACCGAAGCGACGCUUAGGGACGAACUGAAACGAGCCCGAGACGAACGGGAGGCCGCCGUCGCGACGCAGACGGCCGCGGAGGGCCGCCACGCGACGGCGCAGAUGCGGGAAGACGCCUGCUUGGAUAGGGAGGAAGCUGUUGAGAAACGAGAACUGGGCAUGGACGCCAUGGAGGCGUAUCUGGCCGCGCGCGAGGCCUUCGCGGCCGAGGACGAGCGCGCGCGCCAUACCCUUGCUCGAGAUGUUGAUGCGAGAGCCCACGCCAUCGCUGCUGCUGAUACGUUAUCAAAACAACGGCUCGCCGCCCUCGGCGCGAAGUCCGAGCAGCUCGCGGCGACGCGCGAUGACCUCGAGGCGCUGGCGCUGAAGGCGGACGAGCGGAGCCGCAUGGCGGACGACCGCGAGCGUCAGGCGCAACUCGCUGAAGAACGUGCGAAGGAGGAGCAGGCGCGGGCGCUGGCGUUGCUCGCCGAAGCCGAGGCGAAGCGGCGCGAGGCCGAGAAGGCGCUGGAGGACGCCCUACGGGAAGCCGCGAGGAAGGCGGAAGAAGCUCUGGAGAAGCGCGAGGCGCUGGACCGCGAGGCGGAGCUUGAGAGAAGGCGGUUGCUGGAACUCGCCGAGGCGAAGCGACGAGACCUGGAAAAGCAGUACGCGGACGAGCUGCGAAAGGCGUCGGACGAGGCGGCGGGAAAGCGGAAGCAGCUGGAAAAUGAUAUUUUGAAAAGAAUGGACAAGUUGGAUGAUCUGAAGAAGGAGCACGAGGAGAAGAUCGAGAGCGAGAGAGCUAGGUUGCACGACCUCGCGCGCCACGGCGAGGAGCAGCGGCGCGAGAUGCUCAAGGACGUGUCUGAGAGAGCAAAAGACGUCGCGGCGCGCGAGGAGCGCGUGCGGACGCAGAAGCCGCGCAUCAUCACGCAGACCGUGACUCAUCAUAAAGAACAACCUUCUCUUGGCGCGUUUGGGUCGUACGAGCCCGCGGCGUCGCCCGCGCCCACGCGGAGCCCACCACCGUCGUAUGGGGCGCAGCCGACGCCGGCCGCGGACCCCUUCACGGAUCCCUACGACGUCGCCGAGGCGAAAGCUGAAGAUCUCUAUGUCGAGGGCGAGACGCAGGAGGUGGUGCCCCAGCGGAAGCCGCGCAUCGGGUUGGGUGCUCUCGCGAAAUUAGGUGGUGCGGCGUCGCGGGCUAGGAAGGCCGCGGCCAAGAAGGCGCGCGAGGCCGAGGAGCGGGCGAAGAAGGAGGCCGAAGCGGCCGCGGCGAAGGAGGCUGCUGCGAAACGCGAGGCCGAGGAGGCCGCGGCGCGGGAAGCCAAAGCGCAAGCGGAGGCGGCCGAAGCCGCUCGUGCCGAAGAGGAGGCCAAGCGCUUGGCCGAAGAAGCCGCGGCCCGGGAAGCCGCCGCUCUGAAGGCGGCCGAGGAGGCGGCCCGUGCUGAAGAGGAAGCCAAGCGGGAGGCAGAGGCCGCCGCUGCGCGCGAGGCCAAGGCCCAGGAAGAGGCGGCCGAAGCGGCUCGUAAAUUGGAGGAGUUGAAGCGCCAGGAGGCGGACGCCGCGAGAAUCGCCGAGGCCGAGGCCCUGGCCAAAGAAGCUGCUGAGAAGGAACGGAAGGCCCAAGAAGCAUCCGACGAGGCCGACCGCAUCGCUGCCGAGAAGGCCGAGGCGGAAAGGAUCGCGCAAGAGCGUGCUGACGCCGAGGCGAAAGAGAAGGAGGAGGCUGAUAGGAUCGCUGCCGAGAAGGCCGAGGCGGAACGUCUGCUGAAGGAGCAGGCCGAGGCAGAAGCUAAAAAGUCAGACGAGGCAGACCGGCUCGCGGCAGCAGCAGCUAAGGCCUCCGACGAUGCCGACAAGGCUCAGAAGGAGGCUGAAGAAAAAGCCGACGAGGCGGAGGAAGCCGUCGAGCGGGAGACUGAGGGCGAGGGUAUUCUACCAGCUGCACGCACGAUUGGGUUGGGCGCCGUGGAGCAGCUCGGCGGCGUGCAGCGCUCCGUACAACAUCGCGCGCGUUCGCCGCCGGCGCCCACGUCCCCUUACGCGGGCGCUGAAGCUUAUACCUUGGCCUAUUCGGGCGCCCCGCCGUCGCAGAUCCUGGCCGGGGCGCCGCCGCCGUUGCCGCCUCCGGUUCGGAACCCGACGGGGCCGACCAGCGCCCGAGAGAACGCGCUGGAAGCAAGGGAGCUGGCUUUGGAAGAGAGGUUGCGCUACGUCGAGGCCAUGCUUGCGGCAAAAACGAGGAUGGAGGGGAGUGUCUCGCGUGGAGCUGCUUCCCGCCACCCCUGGAUCGAGCCUCGAUCCGCGGAACCGCCCGCGCCGGGCAACGACGCCGGCGAGGUAGUGGCGUGGUGCCGCCGUGUCGGUGAGGCGUUAAAUUCGCAGCAGCUGGCGGCCCACGACGCCGUCAAGCACGCGCACCACCAGAUCAAGCUGACGGCCGCGCCGGCGUCGGGCGGCAACGCCUGGGCGUUAUUACCGAGGGACGUGCGCCACGCGCUUCGGGAUGCUGUCCAGCAGGGCGAUGCCGUAAGAAGAGCCGUCACGGACCUGCAGGCGGUUCUUGUGAGGAGAUUUUUAAGAUUAUGCUCCCAGAAAGACGGCCAUGAGCCUGACUCGGCCCUGAAGGAUGCUUUAAGGGUAGUGCGCGGGGCCGCUUCCAGGGAAGUUGUGAGACGAAAGGCGCUGUGCGCGGCGUUGCAUGAUGCCCAGUACAAGGCCGCAGAGGGGGUACUGAAAAGAAUUCGGGACCGACCACCGUCGGCUUCUGUCGCUAGAGAUCUCUUCCGGCUACGAAAGAACCGGUUCGACGCUUUGAGGUUGCGAACGCCGGCGGCCAAAGCAAGGUUCGCCGCAGCGACGGCGAAGUGGAGCUCGGCUGAGUUCCGCCGGUUGCUCAGACAACUCGCGCUGCAGUUCAACGGCGACCGCGCGCGGGCUUUCCCGGGGGGUGGUGCCUCGUCGCUAGAGCCGGGUGUGUUCUACGGUUUUGAGGAUGCUGCCCAAGCUCACGCCCCGGCGCCGAGAGUGGAGUGUAGGUUCGACGACGACGGCGACGACGGCGGCCACGCGAACCGGGCCGCGCUCGUGUUCCAGAGCCCCAAGGAUCUCGUGAACUGCUUCGAGGCGCUCGAGAACGACGGCCGAUUGGACAUCGUGGCGGUGUCGAACGGCUUCCUAAACUCGCUCAAAGAUGUCGCCGACGAGAACACGAAGCCGACGCUAGCUCCUGUGUGGAAAUCAACGAAUGAGUUAGCCGGGGACAACGUCGCAUCGAUGGCGUGAGGCGCCUGAAAUUUGAUUUCCACACAGGUCAGCUCCCCAUGAGGUCGCGCUCGCCGUCGACUUGUUGCGGCAAGGUAUCCUCUGCGACGUUCGACUUAGACUCAGGGCGCUGGAGCGGCCCCAGCGCCACCUCGGCUCGCUGGCAUUCUUAGCGGACGCGUCGACGCACGAGGAGAUCCUCCUACCCAUCUGGCCCGACGUGUGCCACUACGACGGCUGGUCCCCCAACAUCAGCGCGCGGGACCGCGUGCCGACGGUGGCGAAGAGCGUGGACUUCGCGCCGCGCGACUACCGGAAACCUGCUAGGUGGGGGCAGACGAACUAAGUUUUGGUCGUUACUAGAA